CACACAAUAUCCCCCUAUUUUCAUUUGUAUUAUUUUAUUUAUUUGAUUAAUUUGAAAAUUAGUAGUAAUAUACUAAUCAUAAUCAAUUAGUCGAAUUGUUAAUUUCAAAAAAUAGUAAUUAAGCAUCAAGCGCUUCUUCCAGGAACCUUCGUUUUUCUUUCUCUAUGUCCUAUUUUCAUCUAUUGCCGGCUCCAUUCUUCCGCACCCUUUUCAGAACAAGAAUUAAGCUAAAUAACCGUAAAUUCAGGGACCCUUUUUUCUCUAGAAACUGCAUGUUAUAUAGUUUACACACUAAUAUACACUAUUUUAACUUCUUUUUGUUACUACUAUUACUAUAACUUUUAGGAUUAUCAUUUAUGUUACUACUUACUAAUUUUGAUUAAUUAAAGUCCAAAUCAGUUAAGAGGAAGAUUCCACUAGCCGAUUUGUUGAUUUUUAUCUGCUGACCUGCUUUGACCAAUUGUUGAAUUGGCCUCUUUUGGUGUACUCAUCCAGAAUAUUUGUCAUUGAUUCAUUGAGGCUGAACUGAAAAUGGGAUCUGCUGGGGAGAAGUUAGAGCUUGAAUUUGACGAGGAGAUUCCAUUUAGUUCGUCUCAGGCAACUAUCAAGAUCGACAGUUUGCACUAUGAGGCACCUCAUAUUGUAUCACCCAGAAGUUAUCGCUCUUCUAGAGUCUUAAGAAAGAUGUAUCAGAUCAGCCUUCUAAGGAGUAUAUACAUUGUUGUUAUCAAAGCGAAGAUCAAUGUGUUGCUUCCUUUUGGCCCCUUGGCCAUAUUGCUACACUAUGUUACAGGAAAACAUGCUUGGGUAUUUUUCUUCAGUUUACUGGGCAUUACACCUUUAGCUGAGCGCUUGGGCUAUGCGACUGAGCAGCUUGCGUUCUAUACCGGGCCAACAGUUGGGGGCCUUCUUAACGCAACGUUUGGAAAUGCAACUGAAAUGAUAAUCUCACUGUAUGCAUUGAACAAUGGGAUGAUGCGGGUUGUUAAACAAUCCUUGCUGGGUUCCAUUUUAUCAAAUAUGCUCUUGGUGCUUGGCUGUGCCUUCUUCAGUGGUGGGAUUAUUCAUCAAGAGAAAGUUCAGGUGUUCAAUAAGGCGACUGCCAUUGUGAACUCUGGAUUGUUGUUGAUGGCAGUCAUGGGCUUAUUAUUCCCAGCUGUACUUCAUUUCACCCACACGGAAUUGCAUUUUGGCAAGUCACAGUUGGCUCUUUCAAGAUUUAGCAGUUGCAUAAUGCUGGUAGCAUAUGCAAGCUACCUAUUCUUUCAGCUCAAGAGUCAACCAAAUCUGUAUCGCUCCGUGAGUGAGGAUGGAGAACAUAAUUCAGAAGAUUCUGAAGAAGAAGAAGCGCCUGAGAUAACACAGUGGGAGGCUAUUGGGUGGCUUGCUGUUUUGACAACAUGGAUAUCAGUGCUGUCUGGAUAUCUAGUAGAUGCCAUUGAGGGUGCAUCUGACUCGAUGAACUUGCCGAUGUCCUUUAUUAGUGUCAUCUUGCUUCCAAUCGUGGGAAAUGCUGCAGAACAUGCCAGCGCAAUCAUGUUUGCAAUGAAAGAUAAGCUUGACAUCACACUCGGAGUUGCAAUUGGGUCAUCUACUCAGAUAUCGAUGUUUGUGAUUCCGUUUUGUGUUGUCGUUGGUUGGUUUAUGGGAAAGCCCAUGAACUUGAAUUUCCAGUUAUUCGAGACUGCUACACUCUUCAUCACAGUGCUAGUCGUGGCAUUCAUGCUGCAGGAAGGUACAUCAAACUAUUUUAAAGGGUUGAUGCUGAUCCUAUGCUAUCUGAUUGUUGCUGCAAGUUUCUUUGUGCAUGUUGAUCCAUCCAAAGAUGGAGACUAAGUAGAACCAUGGUUAUAUACCCAUGCCUCAGCCAAAUGAGCUCUUCGACUCCUGGCGAUGAAAUGAAUAGGCGUCCAGUCUUGCUAGCUGCACUACCCAAGUGAUGAUUGGGUUGGAGGAAUGAAGGGACUUGCUUGUUACAACAGAAUGUUCAAAUUAGUUCGCAAUUGACUUUCUUGAAUGUUAUCCAUGUUGUAUCAUGUUUCUGUAGCAGACAAACAAUUCAAUUAUUCCCAGCAAUGCAACAAAGCUGGUUUCCGUCUUCCCCUCGGAGAAAAAAAGAUAGAAGAAAGGGUGAGCGCAUAAAACAAUAUAUUUAUUCUUUUCUUGCUUUCAUCAUAUCAUUCCAAAUGUCAAAGAGUUAGGAGAUGUUACUGUUGUAAAAAAAUUCAUAGUAAUCGUUGGAAGAAAAAUGUCAUCAGUGUCUAGCACAAAAGGGUGCUUAUUAUGAUCCUGUGGUUCUCAGUAAUUGUCUUGUGACCUAUUAAAGUUAAUGAUUGAGUAAUACUGUGACUGUA